GCUCAGGGAGUGAUAGCCUUAAAGGAGCCCGCGGACGCUCAACAAACCCAAAACAAGGCUCUCUCUUUACUGUGCUCAGACGCUCUGACUUUUGCGCAAUAGCAGAGAGAGACAUAUUUAUACGGCUCGGAAGGAGUUGGCAGUUUAUUGGUGGUUUGUACUUGUGCUCCCUCACUCCUGCUGUGGUGAAGGCUGUUGCUUGAGGACUGGACUUACGCUACUGACUUCAACUCAUCUCUUAAGGACAACAUGGCCCAGAGGCAGAACUCCAACAAGGACCCCAGCAUCGAGCUCUUCAUCAAGGCGGGCCAUGACGGAGAGAAAGUGGGGAACUGCCCCUUCUGCCAACGACUCUUUAUGGUGCUGUGGCUGAAAGGAGUCAAGUUCACUGUGACCACCGUUGACAUGCGGAAGAAGCCCGAGGAACUGAAGGAAUUAGCCCCAGGGACCAACCCUCCUUUCCUGCUCUAUAAUGGCACCCUGAAAACAGACUUCAUCAAGAUCGAGGAGUUUCUGGAACAGACUCUCGCCCCUCCAACUUACCCACAUCUAAGUCCCCUCAACAAAGAGUCUUUUGACGUGGGAGCGGACAUCUUUGCCAAGUUCUCUGCUUAUAUAAAAAACAGCCCCUCCAACAGCUUUCAUGAGAAGAACCUACUGCGUGAGUUUAAGAGGCUGGAUGUCUACCUCAAUGGUCCCCUGCCUGAGGAGGUCAACCAAGACUCCAGGGAAAACAUCAUCGUCUCCAAGAGGAAGUAUCUGGAUGGCAACCGCCUCACACUGGCCGACUGCAACCUGCUGCCCAAAUUACAUAUCAUCAAGGUCGCAGCUAAGAAGUACUGUGACUUUGAGAUCCCGGUUCAGUUUACUGGAGUGUGGCGCUACCUGAAGAACGCUUACGAGAGGGAGGAGUUCACUCAGACCUGCCCUGCUGACAUUGAAAUUGAGAAAGCCUACCUGAGUGUGGCCAGCAAAGUGAAAUAAACUUCCACCAGUCUUCCCCAUAUUCACACAAUGUUACUUAAGAUAGUUUUGGUUUUGCCACAGGCAAGGCCUAAUUGUACAUAUGUGUUUUUAAUGCUACAUUUACAUUAGGGUGCCCACAUACAAGUCUUAUAGGUUAAAAGAGAAUAGUGAUAUGGAAGUGAAAUGUCAGAAUAUGAAAGAUUCAUAGACAGAAGUCCAGAACCUUAUUGGCUCAGCUUGGUGAAGUAUGUUUUAUCCACUUCAUUAAGGAAAAAAAUACUCUACAGAAGACAUCUGCAAAUAUGGAAUAGCUGCUACUGACUGAGUGCAUUUAUCAGCAAAAAAUUCAGAUAUUCAAUACUGCAAAACAGAAUAUAUUACCACCCCACAGCAAAGGCCAACAGUGCAAUUGACUGUAUAUCCACUUCAGAAUUUUGUCAAUAUUGUAAAUAAGUGUUAAUACUUUUGUACUCUAAAUGUGCUUGCAUGUUUUUAUUUUAUUUAAUCUUGUCAACUGUGCGAUUGAAACGCAUUGAAUUAAAUUACUUAAUGAAUUACAAGGUUGUGUUAGGUAUAGCAGUACAAUAUUUUCCCAUUAACACAGUUCACAGUGUUUUAUUCAACAAAUAAGACAAGCAUAAGCAGCGCAUAGGAUAGAAUGUUAAGUACCACAAAUGACAGUGUUCGCACAUAAAUGGUUGUACUGUUUGAAUCAUCUGAUAUAGUAUGACCUAGAAUUAAAUGUUUUAGUUUUAAACAUAAAGAAUAAAAGAUUGAAAUGAUAUGA